ACACGAGCUCACGCAGUGAAAGCAAGGCAGCAUGCAUGUCGUCGUUGACCACAAAAGUGUUUGGAGUGCCCCAGCCAGGGUGGUACAGGGUUUAUUACAUCAUUAAUAAUAUUCAAGAGUUAGUAACCGCUCUGACCCAAGAGCAUCCGGUGGUGCUGAUGUUCUGGGCGGACUGGAACCAGCCAAGCAAGGCCACGUACUGGGAUCUGGCCAUCGCUAAAAAGGAUGAGGCCGUAUUCUGCCAGCUGGACUUUGAUAAGUUUAAAGAUGUCGUAGAGAAGUUCAGAGUGAAGGCUCUGCCGACGUUCCUCCUGAUCAAGGAGGGCGAGGAGCAGCGCAGGGUCGUCGGUGCCAAGGUCGAGGAGCUCAACAUGGCAUUAUCAGAUAUCGGAUAAUCUAGGCAGCUAUAGCGCUCACAUUCUAACUUCAUCAAAUUAUUCUAAUAAAUUAAUAAGCUGGAAAUAAGUCUUAAAAAUACAAAUGGCUAAUUAAUGCAUUUUCGAUUUACAAAGAUUGAAAUUCAAGAAAAGGUGUAUUAAUUAUAUCAUAUACAACUACUACACAUGCAUGCAAGCCAUGGUUGGAUUUUGUUACAAAAUAUUGUGUACAAAGUGAUCAACCCCUAUCUGACAGUUUUCUCCCAAAGGACACACCCCUUGGGAGACACUGCAUCCAUUGUAUAUAAGAGAUCCUAUUUGCAAUAAA